AUGGCUAGAUUGAGAAAAUAUUUCUUUUUUCUAAUAAUUUCCGUACCAUUCUAUCUUUUCUAUCAAUCUGUAAACACAAACAUUUGUGUACUAUUGAUUGUUUGUGAUCGUUUAUCAUUAAUCCAAUCAACUUUGAAUCAAUUGAAAUCGAUUAGAAACAAGACGAUUGUUUCAUUUAGAAAAAGAAAUGUUGGUCAUGACAUUCUUCAAAUGAUGAUCAACAUGCCGAUCGUAGUUAGUCAAGAUUGUAACAAAAAAUCAGUAUAUAAAAUGAUUGAAAAAUUCGUCAAUGAUAGUAUCGUACAGAAACAUUAUUAUUUUCCAUUUCAUAAUGAACAUAUUGAUACCAAAUUAAAAAGAUUCCAAGGCUAUGUUAAAAUAAGUCGCCAUUAUAGAUGGGCUAUUGAGAAAACAUUUCAAACCUAUCCAAUGAUUGAUAAAUUAAUUAUUAUUGAAGAUGAUCUUAAUUUUUCACCAGAUUUUUUCGAAUAUUUCUUAACCAUGUCCACACUGCUCGAUAAUGAUGAUUCAAUCUUUUGUAUUUCUGCCUGGAAUGAUAAUGGAAAAGAUCAUCUGAUCGAUCAAUCAUCAACAUCGUUACUAUAUUUGACAGAUUUUUUCCCAGGUCUUGGCUGGAUGCUAAAAAGAUCUUUAUGGUAUGAAAUCAAAGAUAGAUGGCCAAUUGCUUUCUGGGAUGAUUGGCUUAGACAGCCAGAACAAAGAAAAAAUCGUCUAUGUGUACGGCCAGAAGUACCACGUACAAGCACAUCAGGAAUGAAAGGUGUUAGUCGUGGCCAAUACUUUAAACAACAUCUUUCAUUUAUUCAUCAUUCAAAAGGCUAUUAUUCAUUCUAUGAAAAUCGAAAAAUUAUUCUUGAUCAAUUGUAUUCAAAAAAUUAUGAUCAAAAAUUUUUAUAUCAAGUUUAUAAUAAAAGUCAAGAUAUUCAUCCAAUAGCAUUGAAAACAAUGGAUCCAAUUUAUGUACAUGGAACAAAUUCCACAUAUCGUAUAACAUAUUUUACGAAAAAUGAAUUUAUCGAUUAUUCAUCAAUGUUUGGUUUGAUGAAUGAUUUUAAAUGUGGUGUUCCACGAACCGCUUACAAAGGAAUCAUCAGUUUCAUGUAUAAUGGAAUGAGAAUUUAUUUGGCACCACCAGUUACACGUAAAAUUUAUCUUAUCGAUUGGAAAUGAAUAAAGAAAA